UUAAAUGUUUUGCCUAUGUAAGUGUGGGUUUUCUCCGGAAACUUCAGUUUCCUUCCACAGUCCAAAGGCAUGCAGUCAGGCUGACUGAAGAUGCUAUUUUGCUUCUGCUGCCCAAAUGAGGGUAGACGAGUUAGUGAGUAAGAUUCAGAUUAGAUAUUUAAUUAAUUUUCCUUUUUUAAAAGUUACUGUAUGUAGAUUGCUGAACAUCUUUUUUAUGUUUUACAUUUUUUUCAAAAAGAAAUUACACUGUCAAGUUGCGUUGCAUGAUUAGAUUUUUUUAAAAUUAUAGUGCAGAAUACUACGCUUUUAAAAAUCGCUUUUCUUCUGUUUUUUCAUGUUUACUCUACAUUUUCUAUUCUUUACUUCUUUCUCCCCUUUUUUCUUCUUUGCCUUCUUUGUUUUUCUAUUAUUUCUUCUUCGUCUUUAUUUCCUUCCACAAUUUGCAUCGUCUUCCUUUCUUCUUUGUCGUUUUUUUGUUCUUCGUCUUCAUUUUCUUCUUCUGCAUUUUCACCGCCUUCGUUGCGUUCUACUUCUUCUUUGUCGUUUUAUUUUUGUCCUUCGCCUUCAUUUCCUUCAUCUUCAGCACGACCAAGCAGAGAACGCAGCACAGCGAUAUCGUUCCUCCGACGCUUUGCUCGUUUACUUUAAAAGACGUGGACGGGUCCUUUAAAGCUGCUCCGCGGCCCGUGGCCAGCAGAUGGGGCUGUAGCAGCGCCGCAGCUCGGUAGUUUUUCAGCCCCUUCGCCGCGUCGUCCUCGGUUCUAGCACCGCGCUGACACCACAACGACCCGGGUCGAGCAGGAUGUAAAAGGAAGCUGGUGAGCUGCUUUUCGUCUCCCAGUGCAUCUGCAUGUACCGUGGACAGCCCCGAUCUGUCGGAGAGGCGCUGUGCUGCACUAGGAGGUCCCAUGGCUUCUGGCCCUCCAUCUCCCUCUUUAGGCCGCAGGUUUAGACUGCUAGAGUUGUUACUCGGGCCCCUGUUGGCCUUGCUGAUUUCUGGGCUCUCACCGGCUCUGGGUCAGAAGGUCUACACCAACACAUGGGCUGUCCACAUACCUGGAGGUCAGGAGGAAGCUGACCAAGUUGCCAGUAAAUAUGGCUUCAUCAACCAUGGACAUGUAUUCGGUGAUUAUUAUCACUUCCGGCAUCGUAGGGUGGUGAAGAGAUCUCUGUCCGAUCACAGGGGGACACAAGUCCGUCUACAGAAAGAUCCCAAGGUGUCUUGGGCAGAGCAACAGGUGUCCAAGCGGCGAAAAAAGAGGGAUUCCAACGAUGACCCUCUAGAUCCCAAGUUCAAAGAUCAGUGGUACCUGUACAACAGCAACCACCGUGACCUGAAUGCCAAAGCUGCCUGGCAGAUGGGCUACACAGGUAAAGGGGUGGUGGUGUCCAUCCUGGAUGAUGGAAUAGAGAAGAACCAUCCUGACCUGGUAAAAAAUUACGACCCAGACGCCAGCUACGACGUGAACGAUGGCGACCCAGAUCCCCAGCCCCGAUACACGCAGGUUAAUGACAACAGGCAUGGAACGCGAUGUGCAGGAGAAGUGGCCGCGGCUGCCAACAAUGGGAUCUGUGGAGUUGGCGUGGCCUACGACGCCAGGAUUGGAGGUGUGCGAAUGCUGGACGGGGAGGUGACCGACAUGGUGGAGGCCCAGUCUCUCAGCCUGAAUCCCCAGCACAUCGACAUCUACAGCGCCAGCUGGGGCCCGGAGGACGACGGCAAGACCGUGGACGGACCUGCCAAACUGGCCAGAGAGGCUUUUAUGCGUGGAGUCACAGAGGGUCGCCGGGGUCUGGGCUCCAUCUUUGUGUGGGCGUCUGGCAACGGCGGGAGGGAUAAGGACAGCUGCAACUGCGACGGCUACACCAACAGCAUCUAUACUCUGUCCAUCAGCAGCUCCACCCAGAACGGAAACGUUCCCUGGUACAGCGAGGCGUGCUCCUCCACCCUCGCCACCACCUACAGCUCGGGAAGCAGCAACGAGCAGCAGAUAGUGACUACAGACCUCAAAUUCAAGUGCACAGACUCCCACACGGGCACCUCUGCCUCUGCACCGCUGGCUGCUGGGAUCAUCGCUCUUGCUCUUGAGGCCAAUAAAAACCUGACCUGGAGGGACAUGCAGCAUCUGGUCGUACGAACGUCUCGCCCUGCCCACCUGCUCACCAACGACUGGAGGACCAACGGUGUUGGCCGCAAAGUUAGCCAUUCAUAUGGUUAUGGCCUACUCGAUGCCAGUGCGAUUGUGGAGCUGGCAAAGACGUGGACCAGUGUGCAGCCACAGCGGAAGUGUGUGAUCACCAUGGUCAGCGAGCCAAGGAACAUCGGCAGCCGUUUAUCGAUCAACAAGAGCGUGGACGCGUGCCUGGGGACAGACCGCUAUGUGACAUCAUUAGAGCACGUCCAGGCCAGACUCACCCUGUCCUACAACCGGAGGGGAGACCUCCAGAUUAACCUCAUCAGUCCUGCAGGCACACGCUCCACAUUGCUCCAUCCCAGGCCUCAUGACUAUUCGUCAGAGGGUUUCAAUGACUGGGCUUUCAUGACCACCCACUCCUGGGAUGAGAACCCCACUGGGCAGUGGACUCUAGAGAUUGAGAACGUGGCUGGAGCCAGUGACUAUGGCACCCUGACCCAGUUCAUCCUGGUGCUGUAUGGCACUGGUUCAUCAUCUUCCAGCUCCUCUGACCAGCCUCAGCCCGCCAAUAUCAGCUGUAAGACCCUGGACCUGAGACAAAUAUGCAUCGAGUGCAACGCCGGCUACUACCUCUAUAAGCAGGGCUGCGUGAAUCACUGCCCAGCAGGCUUCGCCGUGGGCUCCCAGCCACUCAACUACACAGUGGGAAACUCCAUAACGCCAUCUUCCGUCCCAGCCUGCCUGCCCUGCCCCUCGCCCUGCCUGACCUGCAGCAGCCUCAGCUCCCAAGCCUGCCUCUCCUGCCCCACUCACAGCUCCCUGGACCCCGUGUCCGGCUCCUGCCUGCACCUUAAUCCCAACAUGCGGGAGUCCCCCGACAGGUUCGCGGCGGGCCUGGGCCAGCUCCAUCCCAGCUCCCAGCUGCCCAUCACCAUCGCCGUGCUCAGCUGCAUGGGCAUCAUCGCUGCUUUCGGCGGCAUCUUCCUGCUGCUGCAGCUGCGUUCAGGUGCGCUCAUCAAGCUGCCGUCUCUGGAGGCCGGCGGCGGUCUGGGAGGCGGCUUCGGCCUCAGGGGCAGUAGGGUGGUGUCGUACCGUGGCAUCCCGACAGUGUGGGGGGAUGACGGGGUAAAUACAGACUCCGACAACGAAGAGUUUGACACCCAAAAUGAGAGGACAGCCUUUAUUAAAACACAAAGUGCUCUUUAAUGCCUCCCACACAUCCUCCUCCUGUCCUGCUUUCAGAAGCCUCUCCUCCCCAUUUGUCGGAUAAUUCGGAGCUGUGGUAACUGACCUUUCACAGCCUUUUCUGGUUUUUCAUCUCAUCCUUUUUUCCUCCUCUGCGUUACUGGGUUUUCAUUCUGCUUCUGGCUCUUGUCUUCCACUCCGCUGUGGUCGACCUGAUGGGAAGCUGCUGUCUCUCAGAGCUCGAGAUGACCCCAGCUCUGUUGUGUUCACACUUGGGCGCUUUUCUAUUAAACCGUCUCUCUCCCUCCUUUUGCCCUCAAUUGCUAACAGUGUCUGUCUGUGCAGAGUCCAUUUUCCCCUCCAGCUCCUUUUUGUUACAGUAAACAAAUGAUUAUUAUUUGCUUUCUUCCUCCCUUUUUUUCUUUCCAUCAGUCUCAGUGCAGUAGCCAGAUGAGAUUGUGUGUGCGUGCGUGCGUGCGUGCGUCCGUGCGUGCGUGCGUGCGUGCGUGCGUCUGUAUGAAUGAGUCCAUGAAUGUGAGCAUGUAAUUUUCUGUGAACAGUGUAGUGCCCUUUAUAGAGAAGCUGGAGCUGGCCCUGUCACAUUUAGUGCUCUAACAGAAAGAUGAUAAUAAAACAUGACAUACUGAGGCAUGAAAUCCAGACCCUGCUCAGAAAAGCUCCACGUUUAAAGUGCAGUUUUAAACCAGUGGUGAAGUCCAGACUUUAUUGUCACCUUUGCUUUAUAGUGAGACAGCAGUCGUAUUGACUUGGAGCCGGAUCCAUUAUUCAUGCAGUCAUUCCCUUGAUCCGUAUUGUUAUCGUUCUACAUGUGAGAGGGGCUUUAGUUCUCCUAUUGUACACACAAUCUGCAGAGAUCUGUCUCAGCUCUGGCAAAAACAAACUGUGACUCACACAACUAGCAAAGCUUCCACCGGCCUUCUGGGAUUCGCCAUGGACUCAAGUUACUCCGGUUUGAAAACAAUAAAUUGUCCUGCGCUCAUAACUUUCCAGCCAUCACAUGGAAGUGCAUCAGAAACAGUACAAAUUAAAAAAAAGGAAAAACCCUCAGACACAGCAGAGACCGGUUACUCCAUCAACCCGGGGCUCCGUUGGCGACAUCCUGGAGGUGUUUAAUUUGUGUGUGCAGGGUUCCUCCCGUCCGGGGACUCGGAGUGAAGCAAUCGAGGCGCUGAUGGGACCAAGAACAAUAUGUGACUCCAGCACAAGAGCUUCCAAAAGCAGCUGGCAGGUGCCGGGUUACCUUUGAUUGAUUUUUACGACAGGGCAGCAGCGAUCCAUCAAAGCUUUCCUUUUUGUCAGAGCACAUUAGCACUUCAAACACGCGUUACUCUCGCCUUAUAUCAUAAUGACUGAAUGUUGGUGUGCGUGUGUUCGUUGGUUCGUCCGUUCAUCACACAUGAUGCUGAGAAAUGUUUAUCUGAAGUGAGGGUUUCCUUUCCCCCUCUGUCUAUCAGUCUCUGCUCUCUUCUUGAAUAUCGUUUCGAAAUUCUCAUCUGCACCUCCUGUACCCCGCAGUCUUCAAUCUAAUCUGAAUUUCAGAUUAUCUCUUCUUCUACUUGCCAAUUAAUUAUAUUCUGAAUCAUUCUGCAGCACACUAUUUAUUCGGAGAGGUUUUAAUGAUACCUUUAGGGGAAAUAGUUUUAAAGUGAUUUCUCUCCUGGGCUGGCUAUGAUGUAAAAUGUGCAUCUCGUGAUUUAAUCCAGUGUAGCCAUUUGGAUUCCAUUGAUCUCCUUUUUUUUUACUAUGUUAAAAUGAUUAUUUUAUUCAUUUCCAGCACAAAAACAGCGACGCUUGCUGAGAGGUUGUCAUAGCGAUGACAUGCAUACAUAACUGCAGCUGCUCAUGCUCUUUAUCUACCUCUCGUAUCAUUCAGCAAGGUUUCGAGCGCUGUUAGAGGAGCUGGUAAAUGAUUAGAGGUCAAAUUCUAUGUAGGUCAGAUGUGGGGAAGGUUUAGAAGGAGAGGCAUCAAAAUGCAUUCAUGUGCAACUCUAAAGGUGGAAAGCAACAUUCUCUCCCAAAAGCUAUUAACACCAUUUUAAUUCAGGUGUUGAAAAUGGAAAAGGGGAAUACAGAUCCUCCCGUAAGUCUUCGAAAUCCUCACCUCUCACACUCGACUCGAGUGGCUCCAUUUGGGGUUUGGACACGAAUGCGUAACGUCGCUGACAAUCAAACAAUUUACUAGUUAUUACGGUGGGACAUGCAUGCAACACAAAUUAAACUAAUUGAACCACCUGUGGUUCAUAAAUAUGAAACAAGAAAAAUGUGAGUGUAAUUCUAGGACGCGCCUUCCAAAGACAAAGAGACAAAAGAUCUAAAAACUACAGAGGAUAAGAGUUCUGCCAAGAAUCCUGUUCAGGAGGAUGAAGGAGGCGAUAGGGAUGCAUCCUCCCAGACCAACCCUGAGCCAGGAAGCCUAAUUCAUCUCAGAUGGUCGGUGCAGGUGUAGCACAUUUGGCUUAUUGUGAUGAGUUUUUGCCAGGAAGCACUAAACUGGAUUGGAAGCCGACCCGAGGAUGUGAAUUGAGAGAAAAUGCCCUCGAAAGGGAACAAAGCUAAUGUGGCAGAAUAACGAGCACGAGCUGCCUGGCUUUUAAUGCCUACUGCCAUUUAGGCUCUGAUUAGCCCCACUUCAAGGAGGAUGCUCAUUUAAAAAUGUAAUAACUACAGCCUCAAACUUCCGCCACAAAAUCCUAUUGACUUCUCAGCUUGGUGUAAAGUACAUAAAGUAAACCAGAUAAAAGGAUAAGGUGGUGGAACUUCUUUCAUAAACUUCUCCCCUCAGCUCUGCAUGAGUUUUCUUUUAUUGAAUCAAUAAAAUCCAAAUAUUUAGUUUGUAAAUGUGAGCAUUUAGUCCGGAGACUCCUUCAUCCAAUAUAUUCUGCUAAUUCUUGCGCGGCGUCCUCAAGGAACGGUUUCUGCUAAAGUGAAAACGUUUGGGGUUUUUCACAUUUCGUGUCUGGCCCCGAGUGUCCGCCCGUUAUGGUUUAUUCAUCCCCGCUCGAUGUUGUAUUCACUACAGCCUGAUGAAGUCAGAGGACUUUAAAGUUGUGGGAACUUGGAUCCGUGUGCAUCCAAGUGUUCAGCGUUUAGUUGAAUCAUGAAUGCAGACAGCAUUAAGUAGCUCGAGCUUCGGAAGCACGGGGAGCUGCUGAAACCCAUUAGCAGCCCGGUCACUCCCUUCGCUGCGAGAACGUGAUGGAAAGUACACACUAAAAAAAACGAACUGUGCCAGAAGGUACCUCUGAUUUCCAAGGCAAACACUUCACUGGCACUAAAUCGUGAAGCCGUCUACGGUGGACGGUAGCGGAGAAGCUACCCAAAUUGUGCAGGUUGCAAACUGUCUCCUUCGAUUACAAUGUGAGCGGCCUCUCUGGGGCGCAGGAGGCCGCUGGUUAAGUUCACAUGGAGCCUGCUUCAGUCCUGCCUUAGGAAGCGACCGGCGGGAUGCUAGAUGGAGUUAAUAGGAGCAAUAUCUUUGGCAUAACCAAAGACAAUCAUGUUUAUGCUGUGUGUUCAGCGUUGGGUUGCUUUCAGGUCGUCGCAGCGCCUCCACCCCCCCUUUCGUCGCUGCGUCGUCUCUGCCUUUUUGAGGACAGGGAGGAGGAGGUAGAAUGUAACUCAUUUCCAUUAACUUAAGGGCUGUAUCGGAUCUGCGUGCGUGCGUGUGUGCACAUGCUCGCUACAGUCUAGUUUAAAUGAAACGCUCGGUGGCGCGGGAGCGGCGAGUGGAGCCGCCGCUCCCACGCCUCCACGUGUGGUUUUCGGGCCUGUGGCUGCACACAGUACCUUACAGAUAUGUGACCUGCAAGUAAUAUACAAGAAUGAAUAUCGUACAUGGGACAUAACUCUAAAAUAAGGCCUAUUUUUGUACUAUUUGAUUGGUGCAGUGUAAUUUUCUUGUAAUUUAAAGAUCGUUUUUGCUCUUGUUUUUUCUCCUUUUUAUUUAAUUGAUGUCAAUUAUAGAUUCUACUAAAAUAAAGAUCUAUGCAAAUUUAAAA